AAUUAAAUAGCGGCGCUGUCUCCUCUAGUUUCGAGUGAUAGUGUCCGUCCACUCCGCCUCUCUAUUCCAAAUCUGCCUGCCUCUUUCUCCACGCCUCGUCUCGUGUUGACUCCUCAGCGACCGAUUGGAAUGGAGGAUGAGCCGCAUCUGGGCGCCGAGGAAGAAGACGAAGAAGACGACGACCACGCGGCUGACCUCGCCGGAGAGGAGUUCGAUCCGACGGAGGACGAGCUGGUGCUCCACUUCCUCCGGCCCCAGCUGCGCGGGUUCCCGCCGCGCGUGGCGGGUGCCGUGGUGGAGGCGGACCCCUGCGGCGCGGCGCCGUGGGAGCUCCUGGCGCGCUACGGCCUGCGCGACCAGGGCCACUUCUUCGCGGCGCGCGGGCGGAAGAAGCCCUUCGUGCGGCGGUCCGUCGGCGGCGGCGCCUGGAUGCACAGCGCGACCAGGUGCGGCCAGUCCGUCUCCGACUUGGGCGUCGUGGUGCGGUGGUGCAGGGUCAACUUCUGCUUCUACGUACGCGGGGAGCUCGGCCAGCAGCGGAGCACCGGGUGGAUCAUGGAGGAGUACGAGAUAACGGACCCCCGGUGCUACCGCCGGGACGACGAAGGCGAGGAGGACGAGUACUGGGUGCUCUGCCGCGUCAGGAAGAGCAAGAGGACCGUCGCGCAGGCGGCUUCCCCAUCCCUGAGGGACAAAGUGCGGAGGCGCCUGCUCGCCGCGGGAUGUUGGCUAGGCGGCGAGGACGAACUCGAUCCGGAUUCGGGAGUGAAGGCGAAGUCACGGCCGCGGCGCACGUGAGAGCACGAGGUGAAGUGAUGGCCUUUGGCUUCGAUGACCUCAACUGUGCAUGGUUGAACAAGGCAUUUUUUUACCAUGUUUUCUUCGCCGGUCUGUCAACCUGCGUGUGUCGGUGUUUAGUACUGCAAAAUAAAGGCACAUGUGUAUGUACUGUGAUUCAGUGAUCGGUUGCCCUGUGGAUGCAUCUGACUCCACAAAUAAUUUUAAAAACGUGUUUGGUUAUAUAUAUAUAUAUAU